AUGGUGCGCCCGCCAUCCGUCGCCUUCCGUCUCUCGCAGGCCCGUCCCCGCGUCCCCACACAUCCCCGCCUGCACCGCUCACACCAGGCGCGCUAUACGUCGUCAGGUCCCUCGGGCGCGGACGCGCAGAAAAAGGCGCAGGAGGCACUCUCAAGCGUGCAGAAGCAGCUCGGCCAGGCGUUUGAGGCCGGCAAGAAGUAUCUCGGCCCCCUAGGGGAGAAGUUUGGGAACUUACUCGGGGGUUACCGCGAACCGCUGUUUUAUAACCUCGCCGUCGCGCGUGAGGUCCUUAAGCAGGUGUACGUCGCUGAGCGGCUCCAACCUCCCACCUCUCUCUCCACCCUCACCAGCGCGUACGCCACCCUCUGGUCUCGCGCUAUCAACCCCUCGUACUGGCGCCAGCUUGCUCGGUCCGGCGAUUGGGCGAAAGUGGGUGUGUACGCGCUUGAGGCGUACAGUAUCUUCAAGAUUGGGGAAAUUGUCGGGCGGAGGAGUCUUGUCGGCUACAACGUGCAGUAG